AGAGAGAGAGAGCGAUAGAGAGAGAGAGAGCGAUAGAGAGAGAGAGAGCGAUAGAGAGAGAGAGAGCGAUAGAGAGAGAGAGAGAGAGAGCGAUAGAGAGCGAUAGAGAGAGAGAGAGAGAGAGAGAGAGAGAGAGAGAGGUAAAAAUGGGGAGUAAUGAGUUGAUUUUUGAGAUUGAAGUAGAGAUAUCGAACAGCAGUGAUGAAGACAGCGGUUCUUCAGAGCCUGAAGGCUUUGAUUCAUAUGAUGAGGAAGAAUAUGGAAACAAUCGGGAUCCGUUUGAAGAUCAAGAGCUGCCAGAGCCUACUAAACCAAGUUUAGCAGAAUUUCUACACCAACCAGAUCCCCUCCAGACGCCACCACCUCAUUUUCGGCCUGACACGCCUCAGGCAACCUCAGUGUCUUCACCACCGUCAUCACCACCACAGCCAGCAAAGAAGACUCGUUUUCUAACUGCACAAACUCCCCCAACUCCCACAAAGCCACCAAAACCUCGUACACCACCUUUACAGACAGAGACCACAUGUAACUCUUCCCAGCAGUCACAAUCUCCUCCUCCUAAAUCCUCGGGAGAAGUUCCUGCCUCACAGCGGUCCCCAACAGCCUGGUUAGCAAAGAGGUUUCGUUCCCCUCGGUCAAAAGUACCACGCCAUAGAGCUACACUGUCCUGGAAGACAGACAGCGACCCAGACAUCGCUCCCUCCGUCUCCAGGUUUCAACCAGCUCGAAAACCAGGGCCGCAGCUCAUUUCAAGCUCCACGUAUACACCUCUUGAGCUCUUCAAGCUUUUCUUCCCUUUUGAAACUGUGCAAACAAUGUGCCAAAACACAAACAAGCAGGCAGCUAAAAAUCAGUCGAUGGGAAAGAAGUACAAAUGGACAGACUUGGAUGUAGAGGAUUUUUAUAAGUACUGUGGCUUGGUUCUGUACAUGUCUUUGGUAAAAGUUGACAGCAUUAGUGACUACUGGAGGCAGGAUCACCUCUUUUCGCUGUCCCUGCCUGCGCAGAUCAUGUCACGCGACAGAUACAGAACCAUAUCUUGGAAUCUUCAUCUCAGCGAUCCAGAUGAAGUUGUCAAAAAUAACCGGAAAAAGGGCACAGCAGAGCAUGACAAGCUCUUCCAGCUAAAACCUCUGAUGGACACCAUCAAGAACGCCUGCAAGUCUUUCUAUCACCCUCACAAAAACCUGGCUGUGGAUGAACGGAUGGUUGCGUCCAAGGCUAAAAAUGUGAUGACCCAGUAUAUGAAGGCAAAACCCAUAAAGUGGGGGUUCAAGCUGUUUGUCUUGGCUGAUUCUAGGAAUGGCUACACAGUCGAUUUCUCGGUUUACACAGGCAAAAGUGACAUCCCCUCUGGACACGGCCUCUCUUACGAUGUUGUCAUGUCGCUUGUGCAGCCAGGUUACCUCGGCACAGGCUACCACAUUUACAUGGACAAUUUUUAUUCCAGUCCCAAGCUCUUCAGGGCUCUCCACGAGUGCAAAUUUUCUGCCUGCGGGACUUACAGGGACAACCGCAAGGGCUGUCCGCAGACAGACGUGAACGCCCUCACGAAGCGUUCAGAGAGAGGAUCCAUUAGAUGGAUCAGGGAUGGCCCCAUCGUUUACGUCAAAUGGAUGGACACAAGGGAAGUUUCGGUGUGCUCCACCAUUCACCCGGCGCAUUCUGGUGAAAUCGCUCAAAGCAGGAUGAAACAAGACGAUGGCUCCUGGGCAAAAGUAUCAAUCCCCUGUCCAACACCAGUCAAACAGUACAACCAACACAUGGGUGGUGUUGAUCUCUCAGACCAACUCAUUCAGUAUUAUUCAGCACAACACAAAACCAUGCGCUGGUACAGGAAGAUGUUUUACCACUUUCUGGACAUCGCCACAACCAACAGCUUCAUUCUCCACAAAGAGCUCUGCCUAGCCCAAGAGAAACAACCCCUGACACACAGAGCUUUCUUAGAGAAGCUGACCUCCGAGCUCUGCGGCAGACCUCUCCUCACAAAGUCCUCUGCAAAGUCACCAGCAGAUCAUGUUCCCGUGGCCAUUAGCAAUCUCCAAUCAGCAACUCCCAGUGAUAAAGCCACCACAGGUCGCAGGAGGUGUGAACAUUGCCAAAGCCAAGGUAGGCGAAAAGACACACCUUGGAAGUGCAGUAAGUGUGACGUUGCCCUGUGCCUGCAGCUGGACAGAAACUGCUUUGCUGCAUGGCAUGAGACAGAACACAGAAAAGAAAAUGGUGUAAAAAGUUAGUUUUUUUUUAAUCUGUGGGUUUUUGAUGAUUGCUUCACAACAAUACUUUCAACACAACUUUCAACACCAUAACCACAACCUCCUAAUCUCCCUCAGUAGCGUCCCUCACUAUCUUUAAUAAACUCCGGAAGACAGAGAUCUUCAAAGAGCACUAACUCUCCUAACACCUCUAACUAACUACCUUCCACUACUAGAUCAGGAGCGUCCCUCACUAUCUUUAAUAAACUCCUGAAGACUGAGCUCUUCAAAGAGCACCUACUCUCCUAACACCUCUAACUACCAAACUAACUACUUCUAACCUCUUUCCCUCCUUUCCCUCUCCUCCUCUAUCCUACUAUUUUCCCUUUGGUGUCUUUUAGGCCCUGUCUUUUUGCCUUUAACUUCUAUGUCCUCUAUUGCUAAAUGUAGUGUAAUGUAAUGUCAUGCUUUUGUAUGUGAAAGUAAGCAUUUAAUCUAAUGAGCAGACAAUGGACUAUUAUACAGUAAACAUUUACUAAUAAACAGUGAUUUUAUGUUUUUUU